GGGAGGUUUGCGGAGGUUUCGUUUGUCGGAGCAAGAGCUGCGAGCUUUGCUAUGAUCGCCAUUGGGCUGUUCACAACGGAGAGGCAAGCAUCAGGCAGCAAAGGGCCACUGGUGAGCACACUAUCACAGAUCUUCCGGAAAAACGAAUGCAAAAGAUGAGAUGAUGAAUCCCUCGCUCUGUGUGUGUUUGUUGUCUGCAGAGGAUGGCACCAGGUGGCCGCAGGCUGGUCGGCCUCACUGUGUGGGGCGACGGGAAGGUCUACGAGUCCCUCGACAGGCCGGGGGAGCUGUCGUUCGACGUCACCGGUGCAGGCCCCGACGGGCGGCCGAUGGAGGUGCUGCUGGGCGAUGAUGACAAAGGGGUCCGCUUCUUCGACUUGAGCACCGACCCGCCCAAGCUGCUGCCCAUCGGAGAGUGGCCUCGAAACCGGUGAGAAGCAAACUCUGUCACUCACACCAUCGCUGUGGAUGGCCUCUGUGUGUGUUUGUCGGGGCCGGCAAUGAGCGGGUCGUCGGCAAGACGCGUCUGGGCGACGGCUUCGUGUACGAGGACCCUUCCGCCCUGGCGGGUCAGUUCUACACCAAGGAGGGCGGCCAGCGGCGGUACUUCGACGACCUGCUGCCGCCUGGACGGCUGCCGGGACAGCCCCUCGUGGACCAAACGUGAGAGCCGACACCGUCACAACAACCAUUGUGCGUGAAGAUGCUGCUCUGACUCUCUCUCUGUCUGUGUGUUGAUCAGUGUGGGAGUGGCCAAUGGCGGCGGCGCCACACUGCGUCAGCGGCAGGAGGGCUCCUCAUUGUCACAGCAGCAGACCGCCAACAGCAGCAGUGUUGGCCGUCGGACUGGCACAUUGCCAUCUGGUGCGCAGUAUGAGGUGGUGCAGGAGGGCACCGGCAGAGUGCCCACACCCAACGACCGCGUCAAGUUCGACGACAUCGAAUGGGUGGAUGGAUUCAACGGCCGGGACAAAUUCGUCGAUUACCGUGGGCGGGUGGAUCGUGUGUCUGAUCUGUUUUUUGCCUGGGAGGGUGACGCGGUGCUGUCGAUGCGCGAGGGGGAGACGAGGCAAAUCACACUGCCACCCGGAUAUAUCGCCCGCUACAUUCAGCUGCGUUUGAUCAGCAUAGAGUAGGAGAGAGUCCACACACACACGGGGGGGCGGCUGUGUGUCGCCCGCACACUCAUGUGUGUGGCCGGGGGCUCCUCCCUCGCUGCCUGGCUGACUAAGUGUGUGCCCCCGGUGUUGAGGGAUGGAGUGAGUGUGUCAUGAUGUUCAUCAGCCGGUCCAGGUGCUCAUGACGAACAUCGUUUUGUGCGACGUGCGUGUCUGAGAGGGGGGCUCUCCGACAAUGGUGUUGCAUGUCAGUCGCCUCUCUCCCCCUCACUGUCCGUCUGUCUGUCUGUCUGGCUGUCUGCCAUGAGUGAGGGAGUGAGCGAGUGUCCUCUGCGCGGGCUGAUUCAUCGGUCGGCCGGUCGGCCGCUCACGACCACACAGCUUCUGUGUGCCUGUGCUGGUGUGUGGUGUGUGAGGUCUGCUUGUGUGUGUCAAUUGCAGCUGUGUGUGGUGGUGUGUUGGGAGGGCAGGGGGGGUUCUCAUCACGUCAGUGUCUGCCUGGCUUUAUUCUACCUGCAGUGUGGAUGCUUUGCAGAUGGAUGGGGUGGUCGGUCGGUCGCUGAAUGGCGGCGACACUCAUGUGGGCUCCGUUGUGUGUCUCUGCUGCAUCAUGGGACAUUUUCUGUCAGCCGUUGAUGACUCUGUGCCCGUCGAGACGAUUUUUCUCUCACCGUGUGCCAUUGCGAGCUCCACACCUGCGGGCUCUUUUUUGCAGCUCCAUCUCAUUGAACAGAGCGAAGUCUGUUUGUGUGGUGUCUGUCCGUCUGCGACACAAUCACGCUUCCAGCUGAAGUUUGAUCAUCCGCUCGGUCACUGC